AUGACUGUCCAGGAAAUUCUGGAGAAACAUAAGAAAGUGUUUGAAACAGGAAUCGGGAAACUGACAGACAUCAAAGGAAAACUUACCAUGCAGGAUGGUGUUCGACCAAAAUUUUACAAGGCCAGAGAAGUUGCAUAUUCACUCAGACUUCGGGUAGAAGAGGAACUCGAUCGAUUACAGCAUGAAGGUGUCAUUUCACCUAUUGGAUUUAGUGACUGGGGCAACCCCAAUAGUACCCUUACCCAAGGCAAACGGCAAAACUCGACGGAUGAAGAACACUUACAGAAUCUCAGUCUUGUGCUCGAGAGACUCGAACAAAAUGGGUUAAGGGCAAAUUUGGAAAAGUGUGAAUUCUUUAAGGACAAAAUUAGUUACUGCGGGCAUGUAAUAGACAAAGAUGGUUUACAUAAAUCCAGUGACAAAAUAAAUGCUGUCAAGAAUGCACCAAAACCUGAAAAUGUGUCUCAACUGCGCUCAUUCUUAGGCCUUUUGAAUUAUUACCAUAGGUUUUCGCCAAACCUUGAUACAGUGGUUGGACCGCUAAAUGAGCUGUUACAGAACAACAGAAAGUGGAAUUGGACAUCCAAAUGUGAAGGAUCAUUUGUGAAAGUGAAAGAACUUAUAACAUCAGAACAAGUUUUGUGCCACUGCAAUCCUUAUUUACCAGUUUGUUUAGCUACGGAUGCAUCAUCAUACGGGAUUGGUGCCAUACUUUCACAUGACUUUGAGGAUGGAGCUAAACGUCCCAUGGAAUUUGCUUCUCGCUCUUUGACAAAGGCAGAAAAGGGAUAUUCCCAGAUAGAUAAAGAGGCAUUAGGUAUAUACUGGGGAGUAAAAAAAUUCCAUAACUACCUCUACGGACGCCGGUUUACACUGAUUACGGAUCACAAGCCGCCCGUUAGUAUUUUUCACCCAAAGAAGUCACUACCCACCAUGACUACUGCUAGACUCCAGCGAUAUGCUAUAUUCCUAUCUAGUUACAGCAUAGAGUACCGGAAGACUGCUAACCACGGAAAUGCUGACGGACUCUCCAGACUACCACUGACUUCAUCGACUACAGAUACCACAGAUGAUGAUAUUGACACAAUCUACUACUCUUCACAGUUCGAAAGCUUACCGGGAUCAUGUGACCAUGUGAGAAAAGAGACUCAACGUGAUCCUAUUUUAUCUCAGGUGCUUGGCAUUGUGUUGCAUGGUACAGGGGACUUUCCUGCAGGGAAUGAAUUCAAACCUUACAGAAAUAGACGUAAUGAACUCACAGUGCACCAAAAUUGUCUACUUUGGGGAAACAGAGUUAUCAUUCCUACAGCACUACAAAGAGAAGUUUUGUCUGAACUUCAUAGAAGUCACACAGGAAUUGUGAGGACAAGGAGUCUUGCAAGAUCUCAUGUUUGGUGGCCAAACAUAGAUACUGAUAUAGAGGCUAUGUGUCAAAGUUGUUCAGAUUGUCAACAUUAUUUACCAAAACCGGAGCCUGCUCUUGUGCACCUUUGGGAAUGGACCAAUUUACCAUGGGAGAGAAUUCAUGUAGACUUUGCUGGACCAUUUAAAGGACGCAUGUACGUCAUUGCUGUUGACUCUCAUUCCAAGUGGCUGGAAGUUGUGCCUAUGUCUUCAACAACAUCUACAGCAAAAGUCAACAUCUUACGAGAUAUCUUUUCACGUCUUGGACUACCUAGUACAUUUGUUUCCGACAACGGACCACAAUUCAUUGCAGAUGAAUUCAAGGCUUCUCUGCGACAGAAUGGAGUUAAACAUGUGACAUCAUCACCCUAUCACCUACGUACAAAUGGACUCGCUGAACGCAUUGUUAGGAGUUUCAAAACUGCCAUGAAGAAGUACAACAAAGUAACUAACAAAGAAAUAAACUCUUUCCUCAUGACUUAUCGCAUUACUCCACAUGCUACUACAGGGAAGACACCUGCGAAAUUACUUAUUGGACGUAACCUAAGAACACGCUUGGAUCUACUAAAACCUGACACCAGUGACAGAGUACGUCAGAAACAGGACAACAUGAAACUUUCAAGACAUACAGGAUCCAACGUGCGCAUUUUUACCAACGGACAAUCUGUCAUGGUAAGGGAUACUGAGGACAAACACCGUGGAUUUAUGCUACUGUUAUAG